UUCCAAGAAAAUGAUUAACUAACAAAAACAAAAAAAUUAGAAACUAAGAGAGAGAAAAACAAGAACUAAGAGAAAUGGGAAGAGCUCCUUGUUGUGAUAAGAAUAAUGUUAAAAGAGGGCCAUGGUCACCAGAAGAAGAUGCUAAGCUUAAAGAAUUCAUUGAAAAAUAUGGAACUGGUGGUAAUUGGAUUGCUCUUCCUCUAAAAGCUGGAUUAAAGAGAUGUGGAAAGAGCUGCAGAUUAAGAUGGCUAAAUUAUUUAAGGCCAAAUAUAAAGCAUGGUGAUUUUUCUGAUGAAGAAGAUAGGGUAAUAUGCAGUUUAUAUGCCAGCAUUGGAAGCAGGUGGUCAAUUAUAGCAGCUCAGUUACCAGGAAGGACCGACAAUGAUAUUAAAAACUAUUGGAACACAAAGCUUAAGAAGAAGCUCAUGGGUUUUAUUCAGUCAUCAUCUAAUAUUAACCAGAGAACUAAAUCACCUAAUUUAUUAUUCCCUCCUACAAGUACUCUUCAAACAACUUUUCAAUCCCAAUCACAAGCAUCAAUUUCAAAUCUUUUAAGAGAUUCAUAUGUAGAGCCCAUUCCACUAGUCCAACCAAAUUUCAUGUACAACAACAAUAACAUGAUGAACUUUCAAUUAGGUACAAAUAAUCAACAUUCUUAUAAUUUUCAUGAUCAAAGCUUAAUGAAUCCCAUGCAAGCAAUUAGUUCUUGUUCUUCAUCUGAUGGUCUAAGUUGCAAACAAAUUAGCUAUGGCAAUGAGGAAAUGAUGUGUCAAAUUCCUUUUGAAGAAACCCAAAAGUUUACACUUGACAAUUAUUGUACUACUUGGGCUGAUCAUCAAAAGACAAAUGGAUAUUUUGGGAAUAACUUUCAAAGUAGUCAAUUCCAGUAUGAUGAUCAAACUAAUAUUGAAGAAGUUAAGGAGUUGAUUAGUAGUAGCUCUAGUAAUGGCAAUGGAUGUAACAAUGUAGGGUACUGGGGUUAAUUUUUAAUUUUAUUUUGUAGGUGUGAGUACUUGUAAGUUUUAAUGAAAUUUAUUCAUGGAAAGCUUUUAUUUUGCUUCCACUGAAUUAGGACUAGCUUUUAUCAUCUUCUUUUAUGUAGUGAUGAUGUAAUAUAUCAUGAUCAUUGUUAAUUACUAAAAAAAGUGACAUAUGUUUGAGUAACUA